AAAUUUUGCUUUAAUCAAAAUAACUGGACGUUCUUUCUAUUUCCUUGUCAGCAAACUCUUGUUUACGGUAAAAACCCAUGGUGAUGGUAUAUGUAACUUUGCCAUACUUACAAGAAAUGCAGGCUGAAAACAGUAAAGAUUCUUCAGUACAUGAUUGACUGUAGAAAUUGCUUAUAUGAAGGCAAUUAAAGCAGAAAACCUGCAAACUUUGUAAGCUUCUCUGCCUCCGUAAGAUUACUGUGAAAAUGAAAGCAAACUAUCUUUGCUUUCAUUUCUUUUGCAGAAGCUAAAUGGCUUCUCAUUAAUGAUUCUGGAAAAUGAGUGAUCUUCUGCUAUGACUCGGCUUAUGGUAUACAAUAAAAGUGGCUUUCUGAUUGGCGUAUUGACGCAGACCACUCUGCCGCCUUGAUAAGAUAUGUGCAUGGCAGUAACUGACACUAAGGGUUAACACGUCUGAAGACUUGCCACACUGACAGCUGUGGAGUUGAUCCUGCUUGGGUUGAUGGCAUGCGGCACCGGUCUUAAGGAAAAACACGUUUUAAAGAUUGACACAGUAAGCUUUUUUAAUACAAGUGAUUUACCAGAUUCUUUAGAUGGAAGGUUAUUCAGUUAUAUAUGUCAGUAGGGUGGUUGCGUGCUCAUCCACUACUGUUGUGAUUAUGGUGUAUAUUGUGACUUGGUGUCAUUUUAUUUAACGCCUACAAAAACAGAGUAACGCAAAUUAUUCAGGGAAAAGGUAAAGACUUAGAUUUAUGGUGGAGUCGCUUAAAACAGGUUAGUAAUUACUGUGACAUUAGACAUUAGGUGACCAUUUGAUCAUUUAAAGUCUUUACACAUCUAGUUAAUUACAUGUCUAUAAGUACUGGAAAAUACCUUGUGGAAACAGAACUACAACCACAGACACCAGAUUGUGAAGCACCAGUUUACUUUAUCAGUGCCAAUAUUAAUGAGUAAUGAGUAACUGCCUGCCUCAUUUCUCAAGAAUGCAGCACUUGUUAGACUUGUAACAGCAACUCACUGUGAAAAUCCAAUAUUAACAGUGAACCAGGAAAGCUACAAGUCAGCUAUUGUGCUCAUGAAGAACUUCUGCCACCAAAACAGUGGAGGUGGUGAAAUUCUGAUACAUGUAUAUUUGCAUCGCAUGCAAAUACACGCAGAGUUAGGUCUGAAACAUUCCUUUAUUUCCAUUUCAUAUUUGCAAUAUGUAGUGUUAAAAUAAUUAAAAGAAAAAAAAAAAAAAAAAAAAAAAAAAAUCUUGAAAAAUACUUGUUACUGUUAGGAAUUAUUUUUUUAGUCAGUUAAUAAAAUCAACUCACAUAGAAAAAAUUUAUUCAUUAUGGAAAUGUUAACUAGUUUUUUGACUGAAAGUGAGAAGAGCAAAAAUUGAUGCACUUCAAACACAGACAGGCAAAUUAAACAGUUUUUGAACUGUACAUAAACAAAUGAACUUCCUUCAAGAAGUAAAACCCAACUGACAAAUUUGCUUAUUCAGUGCAUAAGUGCAGACAUAGAAAGCUUUGUGCCUCUCUUUUAUAUGUACUGUAUCAAAUUUAUUAUACAUUUUUCACCUAAAGUUUUAUGGCAGGAUGACUAAGUAGCCCCAGUUAUUGCUAUCAUAAAUGGAAUGAUGAGGCAGUUCUAAAAUAUACUGUAAAGUAAAUUUUGUCUGAUGCCGUUUUUGUCCACGUCUACAACAUUGAGUGGGAAGAGGCUGUGGUUAGGAUUGGUGGUACCCCAAUUUGACUACAGACAGUCUCUGUCUUUCAGUCUCUCCACACUUGCAUACAAUACCACACAGACAUUCACACACAAAAUUGAUGGAUAAAAGCAAAUGCAUUCACACAAUUCCAUGAGCUCAAAAUAAACAUGCAGCAUCUGAUAAACUGGGUAUUAGAAUUGCUGCUAGAUUUGCUGUGGGCUCAGUCUGGUUUAUUCUGUUUUCUUCCUUUGCUAGAGAAAAUGUACCAGUAUCACAUCCAGCCCAAUAAUACUGCUUUUCUUUGCUGCCUGGCAAAACCCAUAAAAACAUAACAAUUGUCUGGGUACCAGCAAAGAUUCUUUGCUUUUUAUAGAGUACAGAGAUUCUUGAGAAGAGGGACAAAACAGGUCGUAUGAAUAAAACACAAAAUUUGAAUAAAAUGUACACAAAAUAUAUAUUUUUUAAAUAUAUGACUAAACUAACCUGGUCUAUGUGAGCACAACAAUGUAUGUUCUUCUGGUGUUUGCUGAAUAUUUUUAUUUUAAACUUUGUAGUAGGUGGAUGGUGUCUGUAAAAUCUUUUGUCCUGGAACUCAUUACAUGAUAAUAGUUUAAAACAAUUAAAGGAAUACUAAGAUAAUAUAUUAUGACAAUUAAGUAUAAAUAUUCAAAUAAAGAAUUCUAAAAGUAUCAAGAAAUUUAAUUAAAAAUAUUUUUUAGAUAUUUUCCAACUCAAUUGAAAUUUGUCCAGGGGUUUUGUCAACACUGUCAGACAUAAAAACAAUGUAAAAAAAAUAAUAAAAAUAAAAAAAUCAGGCAUUAUUGGGGGGCAUCACAACUUCUGAGGACCCCAUGACCUCUUCCUUUCUCAUCCUUUGCUAAGAGGGCUAAGCAGCUCUGGUUAGCUAUUGUUAUUCUUUAGUUUUUUUCUUCCAUUUUAUUCCUAAGCUGUUCGUCACAACCAUGACGUGUCAACACCAUAACUGACAAUUUACAAAAUUUUGAUGAAAUAAUUGCUUAAUAUUAGUAUACUGUAAAUAUUUCAUGGACCUGAUGAGCUACAAGAUGGCCUCUUUCAGAUUAACAUCAUAUAAAUUGAGGUAGUUUGGCAUUUUGUCAACUCUGUCAAAUGUCUACUCCAUCAGAGUUUUUAGCUGACGGUGUGACUCUUACAAUGAUCAUGUUGACAAAUCUGUGCAAUUAAUUCAUUUUAAUGUAUUUUACAUAAAUGACAUUACUUCACAUGUAUCAAGAAUUUAUUUUUACUCACUAGUUUGUCACCACCUUCAGUUCUGUGUCAACUCCGUCAAGUGCUGUCAACUCUGUCAGCUCCUGAGCCAUGGUCAGAGUUUAAAAUCUGCAAUAUGAGCAUAACUCCAUUCGUCUCUCUGGAAAGCCCUGUGACCGCCACCUGGGGACCUGCUAACUCUUUUCACGACGGUCCACUGGUGAUGUCCAGUUACACAAGUCGCCUGUGGUCCCAAGACUCCCAGCCUCAGUUCUGGAGCAAGUAUCAGGUGUGGGAGUGGCUGCAGCAGGUCAUGGAUAUCCACCAGAUUGAUGCCUCCAGCAUUCCCUUACAAAACUUUGACAUGGACGGCCAUCAGCUUUGCAGCCUGAACUACCAUGACUUCAUCCGUGCUGCUGGCAGUGUGGGACACAUUCUUUACAACAGCAUCACAGAGCUAAAAUCGGGUGGCCAGUACCAUGUUGAUAUCGGGCAGUUGGAGAUCAAACAUGAAACUGACUUAUGUCCAUUUCCAGAUGUCAGCUAUCCACCCGGAGAAGUCUAUGACCCUUUGGUUCACACACAUGCUCCCAAUGUCUCUCCCACCCCUUCAAGUCCUGAUAUUAAACGGUCUUUUAGUCGAAGUCAUCAGGUCAAAAAACACAACCCGAGAGGAACCCACUUGUGGGAGUUCAUCAGAGACAUUCUUCUGAACCCAGAGAGAAACCCUGGGCUGAUCAAGUGGGAAGAUCGAACAGAGGGUGUAUUCCGUUUCCUGAAGUCUGAGGCUGUGGCUCAGCUAUGGGGGAAGAAGAAGAAUAACAGUAGCAUGACCUAUGAGAAACUAAGUCGUGCAAUGAGAUAUUAUUACAAGAGAGAAAUUUUAGACCGAGUGGAUGGGCGCAGACUGGUUUACAAGUUUGGAAGGAAUGCAAGAGGAUGGAGGGAGACAGAGAAGUGAUAAUUUCAUUAAUUUAUUUUUUUCAUGCCUUGUGUGCAUAAUUGUAACAUUUGAACGUGGUUUCCAGUUGAAUUUUUUAAAAUAUAGGUGUGUUUAAGUUGUCUAUAAGUGUUUUCUAUUUUUAUUUUCUAUUUCUUUUUAUGUUUCCCUUUGUAUUGGCACUGCACUGAGAUCCUUUUUGAGCUGCGCCAGUGAGACCUCAAAAGUUGUGUUUACAUAAUAUUUUGCAGAUGAAAAGCUAAGCAAAAGCACAAAAAAAUGAAUACUAAACAUAAUGAAGCUUGAAAAUAUAAGUUCCAAGGGAACACAUGUAUAAUGUAGCAGUUUAAGCAUGUGUGACAAAUUUGUGUUGCGUAUUUUGACACUGAUACUGUGAAAUGUCCUUUGGGAAGCACACAUGCUCAUUCACUUAAGUUAAAAUUAAAUUAAAUUAAAUUUAAAAAGAUCCCAUUGGCACAGUGCAAGAAAUGCAUACAAGGUAAAAUAUUAAUAUUCACUGGAAUUUUUAAGCUUACUUUGUCUUAUUACAUGCUUUGCUUUAUUUUAAAUUGUAAAGGAAGUGUAUGUGUUUUUAGAUCUUUGAUACAAAUAAAGUUUGUAAUUGUUUUAUUUCAUCUAAGUCAUUUUUAGGAGUUUUGUAUACUGUCAAACAUAAAAUAGAGUGAAUCAGUCAAAGAAAUUAUGUUGUUUCCAAGGCAUCAUGCUAAUUGUAGCAAUAUUUGAGAAAACUUAAUAUUGUCAGCUGGAUGUAGUUAACAGCAACAGUUCAAACAUCUUUUUACUGUUGAACUUGUCACAAGCUAAUCUGUGAAAAGACCUGCACACAUAGAUAGUGCAGGUUGCUUUUGUUUAAUCGUGACACUAUGAAAUGCCACACAGCUAACUGUUUGCCAGUCUGUGAACAAGCUGGUUCCAGUAGGCAGCUGACAAAUGACUGGUCCAUGAUUGGCUUCCAGAUAAAAGCAACGUCAAUAAAAGGCUUCUUUCUUUGGCCUGUGUUCACAAGCAAAUUCAUGUCUAAUCUUCUCCCUGACUUAUCUGGCAUUUGGUGACCCCUCUUUACAUAGUGUGGCAUUCAUUGACACUUCAUUGUGUCAUUAUCUUAACUGAUGGCAUCAAAGUUAUUCAUGCACACUGCUGCAUCUAUCUCUUUAAUUUUCACUCUUUUGUCCUCUAUUCCAUGCACACAUAUUGCAAUAUUGCCAGUGGAAGGAACAUGUGAUGUCAUUAUUCAGAAUAAAACACAGUUUUUGUCUGACAAAACCGGAUGCAACCAGAACAUAGUUCAUCCUCCCAGGGAAAGUACUUGUGAUUUAAGAAAAUAGCUGUGAUUUUCUAUUUUUUUACUACUCUGUAAAUUAAAAUCACUUGUAUCCUAAAUGUCAGAUGGAGCCUGUGCAUACUCAUGAUUGAAUUGAAAUCAGAUGCUGCUGAUUGCUACAUUGCUAAUAUACAUAAAAAAAUCAACUGUUAAAAUUAAAAUCCUCAUGCAUCAU